AUGGAGAAAUUUCCGGUACCGAUCCAUUCCACACUUGUUGAUACGCACCACCCGGCCGAACUUAGACGGAAGAGGUUCACGACCUUCGCGAGCCUUACACCGAAGUUGGAGUCCAUCCGUACGCUGGAGAUCGGGCCGCUCACCGAGUCACAGUGGACAGAUCGGUCAAUACACUGGGUACUCAACGCGACGUUGCCAUGUCUUGAAGUCCUCGACCUGUGGGUCAAAUACGAUCAGCCGGCCGUCACCCCCAAUGCGCUCGCACAGAUGAAUCUGGACACCCAGCGCUUUCCCAAGCUCUCGCAUCUCUUCCUCCAAGGCUUCUUGUUUCCGUCACUCAGCAAAAGGAGCUGGGAGCGCCUCGAGGAGCUUCGUCUCGGUCCGUGCAAGGUGACCAAGCCGUUCUACGACGCCGCCCGCCUCAUCGACGCGCUCGCUGGUGCUAAGGGUCUCCUCCGUCUCCGCAUCCACGACUUCCUUGGCACCGUGAACUUCCCCGUAAGUCCCCCGAGCGCGCAAGAGACGUGCUCCCUUCGCUCCCUGCUCUCUCUCAACAUCAAGGACCACCCCCUCAGGAUCGGCUCCUUCCUCCAGUCCUUCCGCUUCCCGUACCCCGCCUGCACCUCAUACACCCUCACCGAGCUCGGGCCCGGCGACCCCACCCGCUCCCCCUUCCGCCGCAUGCUCCCCCCGGGCCCCGGGCCCCUCGACUUCCUCAACUUCGCGAUCGCGCGCCUCGCCGUCGCCCCCGACGCAGACUACGUCGUCGUGACCGGCACGGGCGCCGCCGGGGGCUCGAUCGCGCUCCGCAACCGCGCCGACCCCCUCGUCUUCGCGCACGCCGUGAACGCGCUCUCGGACGGCACGCUUUUCAGCUCGGACGUGGACGACGUCGACGUCGCGUUCCCGCCGCGCGAGCCGCGCGGCGAGUAUAUUAAGUGGCUCGACGGCUUCACGCGCCUCCCGGGCGUGACGGCGCUCGCGCUGCGCACCGCGGGCACCCCCGUCCCCCCGCAGGCCAUCCGCGCGCUCGGGGAGAGCGGGGCGCUGCCUGCGCUCGCGUCGGUCGAGCUCGCGGGGAUGGCGCACGAGCGGGGGAUGCUCGACGCGCUCGCGGGGGAGCUGGAGAGGCGGACGCGGGCGGCGCGCGGUCCGCGGCUGGUGAGGCUGAGCAUCGCGUUCGCGUGCAGCGGGGAGGACGCGCGUGUGGACGCUGAGAAGGUGGCGCGGGUGAGGGAGCAGAUGGGGUUUGCGCUGCGGCCGGGGGCGACCUUGGAGGUGCGGUUCUUGCCUGCGACGUGA